AUGAAACGAUUGAAGCUGCUCAGUGUUCUCCUGACCACGUGGUUGCUGGGCACAAUCGCGACUAAAUCGAGGGUGACGGAGUUUCUGCAGAGUCUGCAAGAGUACGAGAUCGUCUAUCCGAGGGUGAUUGUCAAUGAGAACGCUCGUGGACGAAGAUCAACCGUGGAAAGGAGUGAUGAGGAAGGAACAGUGAUCAUCGAAAUCAAUAAGUGGACAUUGAAGACAGUGGUGAACGAUAGACUGAUACUUGAUUCGAACUUCAAAGUGGAUUGGGUCUAUUCGGACCGGACGCAGUCUGAAGUUUAUGGGGACAUAUUGGGUUGUCAGCUUCGGCAGGGUAGUCUGGAUAGAGGCAACGGUUCUUUGGUAGUUGUGACAUUAUGUGAGAAGGAAGUGUAUGCAAUGAUGGUGACCGAAAGAGCAUCCUUUUUCGUGGAGCCUCUGGUGGAUGGAAGACAUGUGAUGUACGAGUCAUCAAAAGUCAGACGGUGGUCAGCGAAAGGAGAUUUAGACAUUGUGUCUCUCGAGCAAGAAACACAUGAAAAUGGAAAACCAAAACGUAGGAGGCGAGAUUCUACAAAUCAUUACACACACGAGUUCUAUAAUCUAUCGAAUGAUAUGUUCGAUAUGGAUUACCCAGAAGUUGAAAAAUUAGUUUUAUACGAUGACAAAGAUGAGAUAUCAAGCGAAUAUAAUGACACGCUAAUGGAAGAAUUGCUGGUCAAUGAAAAGUCGAAGGAUCUUAGUUAUUUUUCCGGUCCCUUCUGGCAGAGAAACAAAAUACCAAAAAAGAAAACGAUCAUCAAGGAAUCGUCACCGCGUUGGCUCGAACUCGGAAUAGCUGCCGAUUAUUCCGUAGUGGAUUUCCAUGGAAGUCGUGUACAACAAUAUAUUUUAGCUCUCCUGAAUAUCGUCAGCGCUAUUUAUAUGGAUCCAUCGCUCGAAUCAAAUAUGGUUUUAGUGAUCGUACGAAUGAUUUUAUACGCAGAAAAGAGAGACAGUUUGGUUCACCGAGGCGAUGCCAGGCGAUCUCUUGAAAACGUUAACAGAUGGAAUAGGAAAAUGUUGUCGUCUGCAAACGUAAAUCACGACGUUGCGAUAUGGCUGACACGUUUAGACAUCGGAGGCCCGUCUGGAUACGCGCCUGUCUCUGGAGCGUGCAAUCCUGCGAGAUCCUGUGCCUUGAAUCGAGACGAAGGCUUAACCAGCGCUUUCAUCAUUGCUCACGAGGUCGCACAUAUUUUAGGAUUAACUCACGAUGGGGACGAGUCUGCCGGAAACACUUGCAGGGACGAAGGAUCACGAGGAAGCGUGAUGGCGCCCAUGGUCGCCGCAACGUUUCAUCAUUUCUAUUGGUCCUCCUGCUCAAAGAAGGAAUUCCAUCGAAGGAUCAAACGGUGGUCCUGCUUAUUAAACAAACCAACGUACGACAGUUCCACUCCUCUGAAGGCUACAAUUCGAGAAACUUUUACAAUGGACGAACAAUGUCGAAUGGAAUUUGGCGAUGGGUACGAACUUUGUAAGAGCUUCGAUGUUAUGGAGCCGUGUACUCGUUUAUGGUGCGGUAAUAGGAAUAUUUCUGAAACGUGUAAGACCAAGAAGGGACCACCAUUGGAAGGUACAUUGUGCGGUGUAUCGAAGUGGUGUAUAAACGGUCGGUGUCAGUCAUCGAAGAGGAAAAAUUUUGAUUUUGGAAUAGCGUUAAAUAAACCCAGAGAUGGAGGUUGGAGUCCGUGGAGUCAAUGGGAGAAAUGUUCGAGGACCUGUGGAUUAGGAGUGCAAUGCCGAACACGAAAAUGUAACAAACCGCUGCCAGCCCAUGGCGGAAAAUACUGUUCGGGUCCGAGCGACGACUGCAAACUCUGCGAUCUACCGAAAUGUUCAACGUCGAUCGAUCUCAGGGCUCAACAGUGUUCCAAGCUCGACAGUGUUAUGCACAAUGAUAGAAUUCGGUUGAAAAACAACUUGUACACUUGGUUACCGUACGAGUCGAAGCAGGAGAACUUAAAGUGUCAGUUAAUUUGCAGGAGCAAGGAGACAGGCGAACUAUUUUACUCGAGGAAAAACCUGAUCGACGGAACACCGUGCUCUUAUGGAUCCACAGAUAUAUGUAUACAGGGCGAGUGUCAUAAACUUGGUUGCGAUAAUAUCUUCGGAUCGAAGAAACUGUUGGACCUAUGUGGAGAAUGCGACGGAGACAAUUCCACCUGCGAGAAUGUCAUCAGCAAGUUCCAGCGAAAGCUUCGCAGAGAAGUGACUCGAAUCGCUAUAAUACCUCGAGAUGCUCACACUUUGCAGAUGAAUAUUACGUUACUGGGUGAUCAGUUCUUUUAUGAAGAUAACUUGACGAUUGUAGUCGGCGAUGGACGAAGAAGGCGAAACGUGCAAGAGAAUUUAACUUCUCGUAAGGGAGACGUAACGAUUGUACAAGGCGCAGCCUUUCGAACCCAAAAACGUAAUAACACAUACUCUCUGAAAGCAGACGGCACUGCUUUCGAAGACGUUGUGAUUUUAGUCGUAGCAUCAGGAAAUAUCGUAGAGCAAGGGAUCUCCGUGGCAGUUUCCGUGCAAUAUUUUUUAAAUCGCGACGACAGGAACGCAAAGAACAGAUACGUGUGGUUAUUCGGGGGUUGGAGCUUUUGUUCGGUGAGUUGCGGUGGUGGAACGCGUCAGAAAAUGAUAGUCUGCAAGGACGAGCAAACUGGAAGAAUAGUUUCACGGAGAAAAUGUCCGUUGACCACCAAGCCGAGUCAGGAAAUAGAAAAAUGCAACGUUUUCAGCUGUAGCUUUAAAUGGCUACCAGGGCCAUGGGAAGGCUGCUCACAUGUUUGCGGUAGCUUCGGUAUUCAAUUACGACAAGUUUACUGCGUCCAUUCGGAAUUUAAUGGAACCGAGGUGAACAGGAAUAACGAAUUAGAAGUUUAUCGAACGAUGGUGCAACCGUCCAUUUGCAAAACCACAUCUAUGCCAGAGAAUACUCGAAAAUGCAAUAGGAUUCCUUGUCCAGGACGUUGGAUUUUUACGGAUUGGUCAUCGUGCUCGAAGAGUAAUGGAAAAGGAAUCCAGUCUCGAAUAGCUAGAUGCAUUCCACCAGAGAACGAAACAUUCUACAGUUGCGACGGCGCUACUGUGAAGACAGAAAUACGCACUUGCACCAACCACGUCACACGUGCCAUCGACUUUCCAUCUCGUUGCUGGGGAGACAAAAAUUGGUUUUGUUCUAUAUUCAGUUUCAAACGCUAUUGCAACGUGCCAGAAUUUCGAAGAAGGUGUUGUCGAUCCUGCGAAGCAACCAGCCAUCGACUUAAGCUGCAAGAAAAGGCCAGCCAAGUGGUUACUAAUCUCUGA